CUCUUCCAAAUCACAUUCAUAAUAAGUCUCUCUUUUAUCUCCAUCUUUUCUUAACACAAUCAUCACGGCCAUGUAUUCCUCCUUAAGAAAUGCAUUUGCUUGUCUCUCACUUUUUGUGCUUGUAUUUGCUCUCUCGGUAACAGGGAGACCAGCCACUUUUCUUGAAGAUUUUAAAAUCACGUGGUCUGAUUCUCAUAUCAAGCAGAUCGAUAGAGGGAGGGCCAUCCAACUCAUUCUAGACCGAAAUUCUGGAUGUGGGUUUGCUUCCAAGAGACAGUACUUGUUCGGGCGUGUCAGCAUGAAGAUUAAGCUGAUUCCCGGAGACUCUGCCGGAACUGUCACAGCCUUCUAUAUGAAUUCCAACACGGAUACCAUUCGUGACGAGCUGGACUUUGAGUUCUUGGGGAAUCGGACCGGACAACCGUACACGGUCCAGACCAAUAUCUAUGCUCGUGGAAAGGGUAAUAGGGAACAAAGAAUCAACCUUUGGUUUGAUCCUGCAGCUGACUUCCACACUUACACAUUACUCUGGAACCACCGUCAUAUUGUUUUCUAUGUCGAUGACGUGCCAGUUAGGGUCUACAAGAAUAACGAAGCUAAAGGAAUCCCAUUCCCAAAGUUGCAACCUAUGGGGGUCUAUUCAACAUUGUGGGAAGCUGAUAACUGGGCUACAAGAGGUGGACUUGAAAAGAUUGAUUGGAGCAAAGCACCUUUCUAUGCUUAUUACAAGGACUUUGAUAUUGAAGGGUGCCCUGUGCCAGGACCCUCUAACUGUGCCUCAAACCCCAGCAAUUGGUGGGAAGGAACAGCUUACCAAUUGCUCAGUCCACUUGAAGCUAGAAAGUAUAAGUGGGUUCGUAUGAACCACAUGAUCUAUGACUACUGUACUGAUAAAUCGAGGUUCCCAGUGACCCCACCAGAGUGUGUUGCGGGUUACUAAUUUUCAAACCAACCAAAUCGUUCAUCUACCAAGUGGUACAUAUACCAUAUACUCCUACUCCUUACGUACGUACAUGCCCUUGUAUAUGUGAAAAACAGCCGCUAGCCAUGCAUAUUGGAGAUACAAGGAAUAAAUAUGAAUUAUCAUGUGUGUGUAUAUGUUGAUUAAGUCUAAGUUGAAAAAAAGGUUUCCUACUUGUGGGCUACAAUAUGUGCCCCGUAUUUGGUAGGCAUUGUAUUUAUACGAGCCAAUAAAGCUUCUGCAUAAUUGUGAAAAGGAUGUUUUUGUAUGUUAUGCACUGCUUUUCAAACAUUAUAAGCAAAAAAUCUUCGUAAAAGACAAGAAAAGAAGAGAAAAAGAAGGUAAUAGUACCACAUAUACGUCCAGAAAACAUAGGGUGUGUGUGUGUGUGGAUUAAGUCUAAGUUAAUUAAGUGUGUGUGUAUAUGUUGAAUUAUCAACAUAUGAAUUAUGAAUUAUCAUGUGUGUGUAUAUGUUGAUUAAGUUCAAGUUGAAAAAAAGGUUUCCUACUUGUGGGCUACAAUAUGUGCCCCGUAUUUGGUAGGCAUUGUAUUUGUACGAGCCAAUAAAGCUUCUGCAUAAUUGUGAA